CGUAGAUUAUAAAAGGUGGUUCGCGCUAUGCGGUCGCAGUUUUGUCCUUACUCAGCUGGAGUACGCAAUCUUAGCGGUCGGAAUUAGAGCAGCGAAUCGGAGCUUGUACUGUCGUGUACCCGUGCGUAGUGUAGUGCGAUGGCGUUACUGCAGGGCCCGUCGCGCAAGCAGGCCGAGCUGAUCGCGCAGGAGCUGGGCGAGGCCCCCGGGGACAUCGAGCGCGGCGUGCGCGACCUGCGGAGCAUGCUGGCCGCCUCGCCCUACCUGCCAGACCCUGAAAAUGUUGACAAACGCAUCCUGGAGCUGUUCGUGCGAGGGUGCCGCAUGGAUCUGGACCGUGCUCGCUCUAAGCUGGAGGCCUACUGCCUGGCGAGGGCGCGCUUCAGAGACCUGUACGAACAUCGCUCACUCAGCUGCCCUCCGCUCGAUGAAGUCUGCAAGUUCAUGGACAUAGUAGUACUCCCGAAGCUGACAGAUGAGGGAUACAGGAUCACGAUCUUCAGGAUACGACCGGAAUACCCUGAGAGCUCAGCAGACGUAGCCAACGCCGUCCGUGCAGUACUGCUCACCAGUGACGUCAGGAUGUAUGAUGAACAUCAGAUCGGAGGAGACGUUUUUAUCUAUGAGGUGUCAAAUGUACGUGGUUCGGUGGUAGCGCACGUGGCGGCUGCUGCUAACGCGGUGCGACGCUCCAUCCAGCUGGCGCAGGCUGCGUACCCUCAGCGGCUGAAGAGGAUCCACGUGGUGGGCUCGCCUCCCUUCCUCGCCUCCUCCCUGGCACUCAUGAGGAAUUGCGUCAACGAGAAAAUUAAGAGACGGUACUACCUGCACCCGAAAGUUGACGAACUUCUGGACCACAUUCCGGCACAAGUGUUGCCCCGCGAAUGGGGGGGAGAGGAAGAAAACAUCGAUGUCCUGUCGAAGAAGUGGCGGCGCCGCAUCGAUGAGGUCAGCCCCUACCUGCGCAUCUUCAACGAGGCCUGCAAGGCAGCCCCGGCGCCCGUCAACGAUGUCGAUAUAUAUGGCACAGUAGGAGCUUUCAGAAAACUCGAUAUCGAUUAACAGACCACAGCACAACAUAAAUCUAUAGCACAAGUAUAAGGGGUUUGUUUUGAAGGUAAUGCUCAUGAUGUAAGAAAAUCUGUGUUUCGUAUUAAUCAUAAUCGUGAAAGAAAGGUACUACGAAGAAAUACAAAGAAUUCACUUUAGAGGAUCAAAUUAAAAAUUCCUGCAACAAAGUUAGUUAAUUUUGGGAUUUAUUUCGUCCGUCCAAAUGUGUGUGUGAAAUGCCAGUGUGUGUUAGCAUUGUUGAUUCCAUACCUUUGUUAGAUUAUAAUUUUAAGUGCUCAAUAUUGUGUAAUUUAAGUUAAAAUAAUAUAGUAUUAUGUUUUUACUCUUAUUAUUGUGAUAUUUUGGGAAUAAAUGUUUGCUCAAUAAUUGGGCAAUGUAGAAUUUAA